CCAUUAUUUUAUUUGGAAAAGAAUUUAAAAUCAAUCAAUUUGGACAAACACAGUUAUCAGCAACGGAUCACGUCCAAAUAUCUCCAACUUCAAAGAAAACCAGGAUUGUAGUCAACAAUGGCAUAACAUCUUCCACCUACUUACAGAAAUUUUCAUAUUUUGCCAUAGAUUUCUUCGGAACUUUCAAUAUUUCACCCCCAAACAUCAAAUUUCUGAAGUUCUGCCAUUCAUGCUUAAGUAUCAUAAUAUUGUGAUUUGCGCUUUCUUUACAAGCUUCAUCUUGUUUUACAUCCAUCUCAGCAGAUAUUUUUGAAAAAGUAAUCUUCUGUUUUGCCUGUAAGUAGUCGUUCUUGCACUGGUAAAUGGGGUUAAGAUGUAUUCACACUCACUAAUCAAAAUCCAUUUCAUAAAAUUUUCAAGAAAUCUGGAAGAGAGCGCCAAUCAGAUCCAUGAUCCACAUUUGAUGAGCGUUGACUUCGACUAUUGAUGUUUCUUCAAAGGCCUUCAAUGCUUUUCGAGUGAUGUUCAUAUCUAUCGGAUAAAUCUUAAAAUAUCCAUUUCAAGAAAUACGUUUUUCAAGUUGAGAGAAAGCUGAAUUUGAUGGUGGAGGAAGGGAAAGAUAACGAAAUCCAUAACAAGGAAGAGCAAGUUGAAGCGGAUGAAAAUGGAAGCCCCAAAAGAGGGAUCUUUGUGGGGUUUAAUAUUAGGGGCCCAAUCGAUUGGCUGAGAAUGCUAUCAAGGGAAACACAUUGGAGUUCUGUGGUCGCUGUUGUGGUUGUUUAUGGAAUAAAUCAAGGAUUCGGUGGAUCUCUUGCUAGAGUGGGCACAGAGUACUACAUGAAAGAUGUGCAAAAAGUUCAACCAUCUGAAUCACAAGCUUUCACAGGAAUAACAAAUAUUCCAUGGAUUAUUAAACCCAUUUGGGGUCUUCUUACAGAUGUUGUUCCCAUUUUCGGGCAUAGACGCAGACCUUAUUUCGUUCUUGCUGGUAUUGUGGGAAUUCUAUCGAUGUUUUUCUUGUCGUUCCAUGAAAAGCUGCAUAUUGUGCUAGCACUGGCGGCGCUAACAGCCGGAAGUGCUGGAGUUGCUAUAGCAGAUGUGACUAUUGAUGCGUGUGUAGCACAGCAUAGUGGUGUUCAUCCUUCUCUUGCUCCAGAUAUGCAAAGCUUAUGUGCCUUGAGUUCUUCCAUUGGAGCUCUAAUCGGAUUUUCUUUGAGCGGUGUCUUUGUUCAUCUAAUUGGUCCCAAGGGAGUUUAUGGGUUGCUAAGUAUACCAUAUGCGCUUGUGGUACUGGUUGGUGUUGUGCUAAAGGAACCCCAAUCACCUAGCUUUGCUUAUAGACAGAUCCGUGAGAAAUUUGUUGAUGCUGCUAUGGUUAUGUGGACUACUCUGAAAAGCCAAGAUGUAUGGAGGCCAUGUUUGUAUAUGUAUCUCUCUUUUGCUUUGAGUUUGAAUAUCUAUGAAGGCCUCUUCUAUUGGGAAACUGAUUCAAAAGCCGGCCCAUCUUUCUCCCAGGAGGCUAUUGGUUUUGUUUUAUCGAUUGGCUCAGUGGGAUCCCUUUUAGGCGCGAUAUUAUAUCAAUACACUUUAAAAACUCAUCCUUUCCGAGCUCUGCUAUUUUGGACUCAAUUAUUUUUCGGUUUAUCAGGAAUGCUAGAUCUUGUCUUCAUCCUAAGACUUAACCUUAAACUAGGAAUCCCAGAUUACUUCUUUGCGGUUAUCGAUGAAAGUGUGUUCCAAUUAGUCGGGCGUUUAAAAUGGAUGCCACUACUUGUCUUAUCUUCACAACUUUGUCCACCUGGCAUUGAAGGCACGUUCUUCGCUUUGCUCAUGUCAAUUGACAAUUUUGGCCUCAUGUCUUCAACAUGGUUAGGUGGUUUACUUCUUCAUGUCUUGAAUGUUACAAGGACACAAUUUGACAACUUAUGGUUGGCAAUUUUGAUACGAAAUGUGCUGAGAAUUGUACCUCUUUGUUUUCUGUUUUUGGUGCCUAAAAGUGAUGCUGAGUCAUUGGGGUUUUCACGUAUGGAAGUAUUGAGUGUUUUAGAGGAUAGUGAAAAUGGUAUACAAGUAUCGAGUAGUUUAGAAGAAGAUAGUGAAAUAUUGUUGAAACAUGAGGAGGAGGUGGAACUUACGCCACUUGUUACUAGUGUUCGUAGUUGAUAUAGGGUUUUGAAUGUGUUGAGAAACAUUAUUCUUUUUGUUUUUUUGUUACAUUUAUUUGGUAAAGAGGGAAAAUCAGGUGACAAUUUUGUUAUAUGUUUGUUCAUUGAGAAAGACAAUAUUAAAGAUAUGAUGUGUAGAGAGUUUGGAGAUGAACUUUUUCAGUCCUUUGGGUUCAUGAAAAUACAGUGUAUGUGAG